CCAAACGGUAAUAGAACGUUUGCACACGACGUCGCAGCCGCCAUGUUGGUGUUCCAAUUCAAAAGAAUUUUAAUUAAACUCUUUUGUCUGGAACACCAACAUGGCCGCCACGACUUUUGUUGAGUUGUUCCCUGAGGAAUGAGUGCAAACGCUCUAUACCACACUUUGGUACGGUGAUAUUUAUGUCAGCUUUCUUUUCCAGCUUCAAGCCGCGCUCAAACGAGGAUGGGAAAUGAUGAGAGUUGGCAGGUGAGAGUUUGCAUGAGAGUUUUCUUUACAUGAACCCAUGAUAAACGAGCUCUAGAGUUGCAUUAUAGACUGAGAGUUGAUGAGAGUCGACUGUAUAUUACUAUGCAAUGAAGUCAAACGAACCAAAUAUUUUUAUCAACCCCCAUCAAAAUUUGAAUCAGCUCAAAGUUGAUGAGAGUUUAUAGUCAAACGCAAGCGAGAGCUUCGACUCCCAUCAACUUCUGAGUCAGAACCACUAAUCAAAACAGAUCCCACCUAUGAGCGACGCAGUUUGUAUUUAGUUAUGCAACGUGCCAAUUUUUUUGCUUCUGACUCCUACAUAUCAGCAGUUAUCAGAGUGAGAAAAUCGUGUUAAUUUUUGUCAUAAAUGUAGUGAUCUUGUAUUUAGUGCAUGCAAAAUGUAUAAAAGAGAGAGAGUUGUAGUAGCAAUUGCUGUCGCAGCGAGCGAGCCUUUAGCGUGCGAGCAAUGCAGCAGACUAAAAUGAUACAGUUGUACAAAAUCUCAAUCUGAGUGGAGCCGCAAGGCAUGGUGGUUCCAACUGAAAGAUAACCACAAUGCAAAGCGAAAUUGUUGCGCAAACAUUGUAUUUCAAAGCUAAAACUAGGUUACCCACAGGGCAGUAAUGCUGCCUUUGACAGCAAAAGACAAACUACAGGGUGUUGAUGAGUCCUUCAGAAACAUCCUAUUAUUGUUUAGCCUGCAUGGCAGGCGGUUCCUAAAAUUGGGCAAGCCUAGGAAAUACCUCCUGCCAUGCAGGCUAAUUAUUGUUAUCCUUGUUAACCCAUUUGACAGUACCCUACCACUGACUGAGUAUUAAAAAUCGUCUGGCGUUGGACAGGGUAAAUCCUAAAGUCGGGGUCAUUACUGUGCUGAUGAAUUAACAAGAGCCAUUGGCAGAUAGGUUUGUUAACCCAUUUACUGGCAGUACCCUAUACCACUGACGAGUAAAAUCUUCUGGCGCUCGACAAGGGAAGGGCGCAUUGCCAGCUAAUGGGUUAAACCACCGUGGUUAAACAUAAGAUUUCAUGAUGCUCCAGGAAAUGUAAACAAGCUAUGAGUGUGACAUCCCAGUUUAUAUAUUUAUAUACUCGGAAUAUUGAUUUCUCGGUACAUACAAAAUUAUUUUAAAGUAUAACAACCAGCGAAGACGUAUGGCACUAACUACCCUGUGCGGCUGCGCGCAGACUAUAUAACGACAUAUAUAUGUCAUCCAUCCGGUCCGUCCGUCAUUCAUCCGUCCGUAUCCGCGUUUUAUCCUAACCCGUUUUUAAAACACAAAGUUUGCAUUUAAUUAAGGCAGUGCGGUUCGUCAUGAUCAAUAUUUUCAAAAGCGGCCAAUUAGACCAGGGGUUAAAGGGCAAUGACAAUGACAUGCAGGUGACAUUUAACAUUGCGUCUCACUAAUUAAAAUUUGCGUGUUUAAUUAUCAAAGAAAGCAAAAAUAUAUGCAAGACAAUCUCACAUGUGGAGUUUUUUCACUUACAGUACGUACUGCCUUGUGAUGCAGUACAAGUAUAAAUACAAAAGACAAAGCAUUUGUAAAUCCUAAAAGAUAAUUAAAUUAUACGGCACAUUUAAGAUUUUAAUAUCGUAUUUCAGCCGCGUUUAUACUGUUUGGCGCAUUCGCUGCGUUAUAUUCAUUUACAUGUAUAUACACAGAAAAGCAUGUCAUUGUCCUUGCAGACCAUAGGCAAAAAGCAUUUGUCAAACAUGCACAUACCAAAUUUAAGCAAUCGUUAAAUCAUAUACAUGUCAUGGAAAGAAUAUGGAAAUAAUGUUGAAUGAAAGCUAGCAUCGCGUUAAUAUUAAAAGCACCGCAUAUAGUGCUCGAACCACUGCGUAUAAUUGCAAAAGCAUCGCGUAUAUAAAUGGUGAAAGCACCGCGUAUAAUACUGGAACCUCCGCGUAUAAUACUGGAACCACCGCGUAUAAUGGCGAAAGCACCGUGUAUAAUGCCAAAAGCACCCAACAAAAUGCCGUUUGAUCACUUUAAUUAAGCCAGCUAUGGCUUUCCUACAGAAGCCCAGAGGCGACAGCAUAAAACCACUUUUGUAUUUUACAUUUUUGUGUUUUAUAUUUUGUAUUUUUGUGUUUUAUAUUUUGUAUUUUUGUGUUUUACAUUUUGUAUUUUAUAUUUUGUAUUUUAUAUUUUGUAUUUUAUAUUUUGUAUUUUAUAUUUUUGUGUAAUUAUAAUGUUCUUAGACGUGGGAUUAUAGGCAUUUAGUAAUACAAAUUGUGAUAUUUAACAACAAUGCAUAUGUCAAAACAAGAUUACAAGCUAUAGAGGCAUUGUAUUUUGACUGCUCGAAAUGCGUGUUACAUACUGAACGCUUGUUUAAAGAGCAUUAUCGCGCGCAUUACUAAGAUACGCAUACCGAAUUCGCCAUGCAGACAUUAGCAUUGCUCCCGUAAUAAGGCUCGGUUUAGACGGCGACAUUUUCAAGCGCUUCAUUUCUUAUGGCACAAGUUCGGCAACUGAUUUAGAGUUUAGACGCCGCUCUUCUAGAUCUGUCGUACUUAUAAAUCGUUGUAUUACGGGUUCGGCGCAUGAGAAAGUUCGCCGUCUAAACCGAGUCUAAGGCUGUCUGCAUGGCGAAUUUGGUAUGCGUAUCUCAGUUAUUGAUAUGCGCGCGAUACCAGUAAUGCUCUUUAUUUAAACAAGCGUUCAGUAUAUAUGUAACACGCAUUUCGCGCAGUAAAAUACAAUGUCUCUAUAGCUUGUAAUCAUGUUUGACAUAUGCAUUGUUGUAUCAAAGUAAAAAGCUGAGCUGAAACAUAAUGAAACUAAGUAAAAAUAUAAAAGUGACAAUAUAAAAGUGACAAUAUAAAAGUGAAAAUAUAAAAGUGAAAAUAUAAAAGUGAAAAUAUAAAAGUGAAAAUAUAAAAGUGAAAAUAUAAAAGUGAAAGUAUAAAAGUGAAAAUAUAAAAGUGAAAAUAUAAAAGUGAAAAUAUAAAAGUGAAAAUAUAAAAGUUAAAGUUGGUGAUGAGCGUCUAAGCAGGAAGACCACCUGGGGCUAUGGUAUGUGUGAUUCAGCAUUUCAUUGAUGUCUGACUUGGAACCGAAAGACACGAUGUCGUCGGCUGCUGACAUGGCCGGAAAUCCACUGCAUAUCGCAGUAAAACCGAAUCCAGCUUUCGCGCAUGUAACCGUCUUUAUACGCAUGGCCUAAAAGCUUUCUUACUGUCAAAAUAAGUUGUGCCUAAAACUGUAAAAGUUAAAAUAUAAAAGUUAAAAUAUAAAAGUUAAAAUAUAAAAGUUAAAAGUGAAAAUAUAAAAGUGAAAAUAUAAAAGUGAAAAUAUAAAAGUGAAAAUGUAAAAGUGAAAAUAUAAAAGUGAAAAUGUAAAAGUGAAAAUAUAAAAGUGAAAAUAUAAAAGUGAAAAUAUAAAAGUGAAAAUAUAAAAGUGAAAAUAUAAAAGUGAAAAUAUAAAAGUGAAAAUAUAAAAGUAAAGUUAGAGAUGAGCGUCUAAGCAGGAAGACCGCCUGGGGCUAUGGUAUGUGAGGCGGUAGGUAAAAGGCGGACGGACGGCGGACGACGGACGAUGGAGCUUUUUAUAAACACAUGAUUACUGCCGUAACUAAUUAUAAUACCCUAAAUUGAAGUACACCAGCCUUAGAUCUGUGAAAUGAAUAUGUUUUCACCGGUUCGAAUUUUUAGCAAUGGAAUUUAAUUAGCAUUGAAUACGUAUGUAUGAUAGGAGGCUACUCUCCGUCUUUCGCGUACCCUGGAUUCCAGAGCCUUCGACAGUAAAUAAUAAAUUGAAAUGUCGCGAAGGCUCUGGUUCAACGGGGAGAUCCUUUGAUUUAAUCAAUAGCGGUUUAAUCAAAGGAUCUCCCCGUUGAACCAGAGCCUUCGCGACAUUUCAAUUUAUUAUUUACUGUCGAAGGCUCUGGAAUCCAGGGUAUCUUUCGCGUGAAACUUUUGGAAAUAUUGUAAAAAAAGCGCCUUAGUUUUGGUGCUUCUGUAUAUAACUGCCCUAACACUGCCAUUGAAUUAAAAUAUUAUUAGACAUUUUUCAAACAGCUUGUUACACUGAUUAUACUGUGUGACAUUUACAUAUAUAGUAGAUACUGGCUAGUAUUCCAAAGGUCGUAGGUUCGAUUCCCACCGUGGACAGGGAUAUUUUUCAAGCUUGCCCGGUCUGGAUAUACACUCAGAGUAACAUCACAAGCAUCAUAUUCACCUGAGUACAUUACACCAACACGGUAAAAAGUUAUAGUAGAUAUUAUAAUAUAUCAUAUUUACAUAAAUAUUUCCACUUUUUUACAAUAUUUCCAAAAGUUUAAGUUUCCCGAGAAGGACGGCGUAUAGCCAUCAUAUAUAAGUAUUAAAUUAAAUUCCAUUGCUAAAAAUUCGAACGGGUGAAAACAUAUUCAUUUCACAGAUCUAAGGCUGGCAUACUUUAAUUUAGGGUAUUAUAAUUAGUUGCGGUAGUAAUCAUGCCUUUAUAAAAUGCUCCGUCGUCCGUCGUCCGCCGUCCGUCCGCCUUUUAUCUACAGCCUCACAUACCAUAGCCCCAGGUGGUCUUCCUGCUUAGACGCUCAUCUCUAACUUUACUUUUAUAUUUUCACUUUUAUAUUUUCACUUUUAUAUUUUCACUUUUAUAUUUUCACUUUUAUAUUUUCACUUUUAUAUUUUCACUUUUAUAUUUUCACUUUUAUAUUUUCACUUUUAUAUUUUCGCUUUUAUGUUUUCACUUUUAUAUUUUCACUUUUAUGUUUUCACUUCUAUAUUUUCACUUUUAUAUUUUCACUUUUAUAUUUUCACUUUUAUAUUUUUACUUAGUUUCAUUAUGUUUCAGCUCAGCUUUUUACUUUGAUACAACAAUGCAUAUGUCAAACAUGAUUACAAGCUAUAGAGACAUUGUGUUUUACUGCGCGAAAUGCGUGUUACAUACUGAACGCUUGUUUAAAUAAAGAGCAUUAUCGCGCGCAUAUCAAUAACUUAUAGAUACGCAUACCGAAUUCGCCAUGCAGACAGCCUUAAGGUCCAUACAGACCGAACGCGAUUCGACAACGCGACGCGAAUUUUCGGUUUUUAAAAACAAAUAAAACUGUCAACGGAUAAAAAUUUUACAAGAUAUGCAGACCAAAUAGCUAAAAUUGCUCAAGUGGUUCCGAAUAUUUGAAAAACAUAGAUGUUAUUGAAAAAUGAAAUGUCACUGAAAUUGAUAAUUCGCGUCGCCGACGACAGAUCUAGAAGAGCGCCGCGGCGUCUAAACUCUAAAUCAGUUGCCGAACUUGUGCCGUAAGAAAUGAAGCGCUUGAAAAUGUCGCCGUCUGAACCGAACCUUAAUAUUACGGGAGCAAUGCUAAUGUCUAUGAUGGCGAAUUCGGUAUGCGUAUCUUAGUAAUGCGCGCGCGGUAAUGCUAUUUAAACAAGCGUUCAGUAUGAAACACGUACAGUGUACACGCAUUUAUUUUUUUGUAAUCAUGUUUUGACGUUGUUGUUAAAUAUCACAAUUUGUAUUACUAAAUGCCUAUAAUCCCACGUCUAAGAACAUUAUAAUUACACAAAAAUAUAAAAUACAAAAUAAAAAAUACAAAAUAUAAAAUACAAAAUAUGAAAUACGAAAUAUAAAAUAUAAAAUAUAAAAUACAAAAUAUAAAACACAAAAAUACAAAAUAUAAAACACAAAAAUACAAAAUAUAAAACACAAAAUACAAAAUACAAAAGUAAUUUUAUCCUGUCGCCUCUGGGCUUCUGUACUUUCCAUAAAAGAAGACCAAAGAUGAAACAUGAUCACAUUGCCUGUUUGCCUUAUGCCUGACCGCGCUGCACCACGGUUAAAAUUCACUGGUACCGUCAUGCAAUGCGCCAAAUAGAAAAUUUUGAUUUCGACCCACAAAACAAAAUUAGGAUCUGCUGCCUUGCUCGCUCGCUUCAGGCUCACUCGCUGCGGCAGCAACAAGAUUAACCGAGAUGGAAAACAAAGGAUAACAGUUUUAGCCAGAGAGCGCAUUGCCAAUUCAAGAAAAUACAUCAAAGCAAAAUGACAGCGCCGCAGACAGUGAUUUGAGCUACGCGAAAACAACUCUAAACUACGACUACGCGAAAACACGUACCGAGAAAGUUUUAGAACAGGCUUGGAUACUAAACGUGAUCAGAUAAAAUUUGAUUUUGAGAGCAUAAUUAGCAAUUUUCAUAUCGCCAGUGUUUAUAGAAUAUUAGUUGCAUGGCUUUGCGGAUGCUAUAGGAAUAAAGCGUUUUCAGUUGCUAUGUAUAUAUUUUAUGUCGAACGCAAAAUGAAAUAGUUGCACGAAUGAUAGCGAGUGAAUCUCGAUCGACUUGCGCCACUUAAAAAGUUAACUAUAUAUCUAGGUUAGGUUAAUGUCUGCCACUUUGUUAGCUAGAAUGGCGCGCAUGCAUGACUAAGAGCGCUUUAGAAUCACAAUUAGACAUAAGCAGAAUAACAUAUUGGCUUGAUAGUAAAACUGUAUUAUGUUGGAUGCAGAACCGAGGAGAGCGGAAACAAUUAGCCUUUCUCACGAAGGCCAAAUUUGGGGUAUUAACUUUUUUGAAAACGACGUGAAAAUUCUAAGCGAUAUGAAAACAUUUUUUCAAAUAUUUACUGUAAAUUAACUUAUAAUGAUCGUACUCACAAUUAUAGUUAUAGAAAUCCCUUGUUCACUGCGUACAAUCUCAGAUUUGGAAAAGGCAGUAUACCCCAAAAAUGGCCGGCGGCGUGAGAAAUAGAGUAAAUGAAAUUUUACAAUAAAGUAAGAGGAUCAACAUGUACACAGUAUGUUCUAGCCUCUAUUUUUCUUGACCUCGACACUUGAAGUUGUGCCAAAAAGGCAGCAUUUAUUUUACUACAUUUUAGGUAUAACCUAGUUUAUUUGCUCUUACAAGUGUCAAUAUUUCUGACCUUGACCACGAUCUGUUGUCGUGUGAUGCUUACUGCAACACUUCCGUUGUCUGUGGCGCAGUGAAAAUGGUAUGAUGUAUAAUAUCCUUAAAAAAAAUUAUUAUUUCUAUAAGUUUAUCGAUGUUCACGCCGUAUAUAAUUAGCCCUUGGUCUUUGUUUACAUACUGUCGAAAAAUGUCUUGAUUCGCUGGUUGUUCCCACCAUAUUUGUGGGUCAUUGAUCGUUACUUGCUGUCGAUCAGCAGUCCUUGUGUUCAGGUCACACACUACAGCAUGACCCACACCAUUAGGAUCUGGAUUCAAUCUUGCAAGUAUCAAUACCUGUACAUACUCUAUAGACAUAGUCAUUAUUUCUUUCCAUACAUGAUCUAUUUCUUGAUCACGGUUUUCGGCAUUAGAAGAAUACUCAUACCUGUUAACUUCACAAACAAGUCCACAUUUUAUUAACAUAGCCAAUAAGUUUUCACACAUAAGAUCUUCUUUUUGAACGUUCUCAGCUGCGUACAUAGAUAUAAGUUUUUCCAACUGGCGAUCACAAAGAAAGGCAUUCAGAAUCCGUCGGCAAACCCAAUGUAUUGAUGACAAAACACAACUAUAUACACACAUGUUACCGUUAUAGUAUAAGUAUUGGAGAACCUCAUCCUUUAUUGCUUCUUUGUCAACUU